AUGUCGUCCGACAUUACUGGUUACGCCGUGCGCCGCAAUAAUACUUGCGGCGCCGGUGAGAAGUCCUGCGCCAACACUUGGGGCACCAUGCACUCCUGCUGCCCAGACGGUUCCUACUGCUAUGAUUCCAACACCGGCAUCGCCAACAUGAUCUGCUGCCCCAGCGGCCUCAACUGCACCGGUGUUCUGCAGAGCAACCCAUCCUGUGCGAAACCGAAUUGGGAUCUCUACAGUUAUGACGGCUUGUUUUGUUGCGAUCAGCAGGAGUUCGGAUUUUACGUCCAGAGUGCCGUCUGGGUCGGCUGCGCCAGUCAGACCUAUGCCGACACGAACGAUCAGUUGCUAAGCGUGAUCCAGACUGAAAAGAAGGCCCGAGACAAGGUGCUGACGGUAGCCUCUUUUAGGAACAUCAUCGACCGCUGCGACAUCAACGCCCGCUGCAACAUCGACAACGUCGUCAAUAACGUCGUCGACAACCACCUCCACAACGACCUCCGCGACGACCUCGGCAUCCGUCGCUAUCGGCCAGCCGUCCCACGCCAAAGCCACGGCCACCGGGAGUGUCGCCUCAGAUAA